AUGUUACCUUACUUGUGGACGAAAUGGAUAUUGAUAUGCACAAUCGCAGUGGUAUUAGCAAUCUACAAGGUACGUGCACUGCAACUCGAACUCAACGCGUCGACCUUUCCAGCGUCUGUCGAAAUCUAUGAGGGAACCUUUGGCGGAGGUGGGAAGUACAGAUUGUUUCAGUCAGUCCACCCACCAAUCGACAUCGUCACAUACCGAGGCCGGAUUUUGGGACGUAACAGCGACACAGAUACUUUAGUAAACAAUACAAUCAUUCAAGAAUAUAAGUGUAAUGGUCGUACAAUCAUAUCAGUGAGUCGCCUUCGCUACGGUGUUUCAUAUAAGGUAUACACAACUUGCUAUGAAAUUAUUGGUCAUUUCGCAAAACGCAUAACACGCAGAGUAAAAAACAAUUUUGUCACAAGUCCUAUAUCGCUGCCGAUGGAUCCGAAUGCAGAUAAGUUCCACCCUUUCAUAAAUUCAUUUCCUUGUGGCGAUGGGAUAAAAUCUAACAAGUGGUCCAUAAUACGAAGUACUCACAAACGCCAAGGUAGACAUAAACUCUCAUAUUUGCGAGAUCCAGAUGAAACGUUCCACAUAUCUCCCCUUAUAAACAUAGAUGGAGAUUCGCAGGAUCCAAACUUUCCGCCAUCAUCUAUCAGCUCGCAAAGCACGAAAAUCUACUUUCCCGGAGAACCAAAGUAUAUACAGAUAUGGAACAGCCAUUCACAAAUAUCCAGAACCUACAUUUUACAUAUACCACAGAUCGAGGACGGUACAUUCAAACCAGGAAAUAUAGUGAGUCGUGGAUAUAAAUUUUCUGUACCCUCAUCAGGUGACGUGCAAUAUAGACCUAUCCGCUUGACAGUAAAUAUAUCUAACCCUGAAACAACUGCCAGAGAUAUCGUUGUAAUGGCCAAUUUAAAAAGAGGUUGUUGGUUAUAUACACAGUAUAGUAUUCUACCCUUAAGGGAUCAAAAGUAUAUUUAUGUGAACGUCGUUAAUUUCGAAAGGAAAUGCGAUAUAUAUCAUGUCACCCCUGAUGCGUUCGUCACGCACGUCGAGGUAUUCAAUCAUACGGCGAACGGUGCUCAAUAUGUGGUAGUUAACGUUAAGAAACGGGAAAAUGACCUCCUAAAGAAUAUCAAAAAGGUCUACAAACUCGUCUCUGAGAGCUAUGAAGACAAAUACGUUGACGUCAGCAGCGGAUGGGAUAAACUCUACGUAGACAUGUUAUAUACCAUUUACACGGUCGAUAACACUUGCCAAAGCGUAAUGAAUAGCGAUUUCGUCACGGGCACGUCGUCCGAAUGA